AUGCCCGGACAGCGUCAGGUCAACUGGGAGGGUUUCGACCUCCUGCGGCGUCCGGUACUGACAAUCAGCGUCGAUGACUUCUUAGGGACAUCCGCACGUACCGGUGAUAUCGCGACCGGGCGCAAGUCAGACGAGCCGCCCCGGGAUGCGCCAAAUGUGGGCGUACGUGUGAAGAAGCGGUUCUUCCAAGCGCACGAUGCGAACGUGCCGCACGAGAGGCAGUAA